CUUGAUCAACAAAGCUUGUCUUCCUUUCCGUCGGUCGUUUGUUGAAAUGUCGUCGUGGAUGUUAAGCAGCACGAGCAGAACGUGUCGCAGAACCUACCCGACCUUUUUCAGGACACUUACAACAACAUCAUCGUCGACGCCAGCACCAGAGAACGCACCUAAUACCCAUUUCAAAAUCACUCUUCGACGUUCAGCAAUAUCCCUUGGCGACAGAAUCAAGGGGACACUAGAAUCGCUUGGUAUUCAUCGACGAAUGCAGACCGUAUACCAUCCACAUUCACCUAUCGUUGCUGGGAAGAUACUCAAAGUAAAGGAAUUGGUCGAGGUUGAGAACGUCCCAGAUCAUCUUGUGCGGACAAAGCAGCAGCAGACUCUGGACAGGCGGCCAAAGCGAGGAUACAAAUUGGUGAGGUCCUCGCGACCAUCGAUAUAAGUUUAAUUGCUUCUGUUACUUUGUCUAGUGUUCGAUGGGCCCGUGAAAAAUAUGAAAUAUUUUAUUGCCCGAAUAUCUAUCAUAGUCCCAUUGACCGGUGACACCAUGUUCUGAAUGAAGAACAUAGGUGACAUUCCUAGCUCCUGCUCUUUCAGGCACCCGGGGACAAUAUAGAAUGAUCUGGUCAGUAUGGUUUGAGCGUCAAGUACCAUCGCGGACCCCGUCAAAACAGCACCCAUGUAUAUCAAUCCGCUGCAUAUGCGUGCUGCGUCUAGGAAGCCUAUUCACCCAACCCACUCCAAGCGAUAACUGGCUUGAGCUUCAUCGUGACUUUCUUCAUAUCGACAAUCGCAUCCGUUAACUGACGACCGAUUCCUUAUAUAGGGUCAAUACCGCUCUAGGUGGCAAACGACCA